CAUAUAAAUAAUUAUAUAUUUUUUCGUUUUACAGAACCAACAACAUGAAAUUCUUCGUUGCAUUAACUUUGAUCGUUGCCGUGGCUUCGGCCCGCUUCCUCAAGCCCACUCCGGUCAGCAGUGAGAUCCAGGAGAUCAUCGCUGCCAUCCAGAGCCCCAGCACUAACCCCGCCACUGCUGCCGCCCUCGAGCAGAUGCUCCAGGAUUACCUCGGUGUCGGACCUUCUCCCAUCUCUGUUGGACCCGCCAUCAUCGAUCACCACCCCAUCUCUGUCGGACCCGCCAUUGUUGACGCUGGAGACAUCGCCGUCGGCCCCGCUAUCAUCGACUUCCCCCUCCCCGACGGUGGCGCCGUGUCUGCCCCUGUUGAGGACUCCCCCGUCAUGCCCGGCCCUGCUGCCGCCCCUGCUGCCGUCCCUGCCAGUUCUCCCCUCGUCCAGAUCGUCGUGAACGUGAACGCCCCCGCUGGCGCCGGUCCCGUUGUCGAUGCUGUUGCUGACAAGCCCGUGGACAUCAUUGAUGUCAUGCCCGUUGUCGACCCCGCGCAGGUUGUCGACCCCGUCCAGGUUGUGGACACCCCCAUCGUGGUUGACCCCGUCCAGGUUGUGGACACCCCCAUCGUGGUCGACCCCGUCCAGGUUGUGGAAGUCGCUCCCGUCGCCAUCGGCACCCCUGUCUUCCCUUCCCCCGCCAUCAACCUCCCCGAGGAACUCAACUAAAUAAAAAUAGCGUAGAACUAACUUACCUAUAAGGAUAUGUUCGAUGCACAGCGAUAAUUGUUGCUUCUAUAGGCAUUGUGAUGUUAUUAGAGACGAUGACAAAAAAAAAAUGUUUUUUAUUCACCCUUAUUUACAUACCUACAUAACACUUACUAUAAGUAGACCAGAAAAAGUCUAAAUUAGCAAUCGGUAUUGGUGCUGAAAGGUGCGACCAAACUAGUGAUAACACAAUUAUCAUAAUACAUAUUAUAGUACGA